UCUUACGGCUCUGCUAAGAAGCCGUUUACAGCGUGCUGUAAGGCGCAGCCAGUGUGGCCAUCCUUGAUUUUUAAUUCAAGUUCUGACACACAUUUCGGGAAACUACAACUGAGAUUUUUUGUUUGUGGAUACUUGCGUUUCAAACUUCUACUAUGUCUGCGGUGUGCUGGUGUAAGCCAAGGCAAAAUUCGUACAAUGAGGUACGACGGAAGAUACAAAAUUACUGUGCGCCGAACCAGAAAAGUGGCUGGAGUAUACCCAAUCGUCAGACUCAACGCGUUUUCCGGUGUGGACUCUUGAGUUUUGGGGAUAGCCGGAAGUAACACGGAGAUAAAUCAGACGAAUACGGGUGUUGCGGAACGAUAUGCGUCGAAUUUUUGGCGAAAUGGUCACGAAGAGUGAGUGCGGUGUAAGACGGUGCAUUAUCGUGAUGCAAGAACCUUUUUAGACGAUUGCUUUUCGCAUAUGAUGCAUAACGCUCAAAUAAUUAUUAAUUAAAUGUUAAGAGUUUGGCCGGGUGGAAGGAAUUCGUAGUACACCACACCACAAAAAGAACUGUCAUCAUGUACUAAUUUUUGAACGACUUUGACGUGCUCUUUUCGGUCUAGCCUCGGCUUUAGCAUCAUAUCUGCUUAGUUCCUCCGUCGUUUCAUGGUCCUUAAUUUUGUAGAGCCAAUUGGUUUAUAAAGGGCAAACGUCAACAAAAAUCAGCGAUAAAGUUGCAUACGAUAUUUGCUGUCGUUGCAAACAAGGAAAACCAGAAAAUCUCAAAGGGCAAAGAACACCUACGAAGAUAGAAGAGCAUUCUGUUUCGCCUGAAAAAAUAGACCAUCGGAACGCUGAACCCGCUUUAAAAGCCCAAACAUCCUUAGCUCCACUCGCCCAACGUCCCAUCAUCGUUAGAAAAAUAAAACCCAGCUGGCGCGAGGAGCACGAAAAAAAGGUCAAGGCAAGUGCCAAGGCUCAGGAAUUAGAAAAGAAGAAUAUUUUGAUACAAAAUUUGAACAAAAAACGUGAUGCUCUGAACAAGUUCCAGAAACAUUUUGAGUUAAACAAGGCUCAGACCGUUCGUAGAAGCCAAAUAAAGGAUAGCCCAUACUUUAACCCUUCGAAAGCAAUGACGCCUGACCCUCGUCAAGAAAGUAAAAGUCCGUCUGCUGAAUAUUUCGAGCAUGCUUUGCUUAAGCAGGUUUCCAAAGAAAGACUAACUAGCAAGGACCUGAAGAAAAUCAAGCGAGUGCAUACUACCUUUGGCAUUUACCAAAAGAGAGAAGAGCAGGCAGGGAGCAAGGAGGCUCAAAGGGCCUCAGAACAUUUCGGCCCAAUGUUUGAGAAGACGACUACAGUGGUGCCCGGGCUGCAUUCUGCUUUGAAGAGCAUGCACAAACUGGAAGCUUUCAAACUCCCCACAAAAUCAGCUCAGCACACAGAUCUUUUUAAUGGAAUGCUUAAGGGUAAGGCCGUCAAGUUUUCCGAGCUUAAUCCUCUUCUUAAAUCGUCUCAACGUCUUAAAGUUGCAUUACCGAAAGAAAAUACAAAAAUUAGUAAACAGCGUGAAGGGAAAACUACCAAGGUCGGAGCCAAGUUUUCAUGGGGGUUUAGGAAAACGCUAGGAAACUGGCAAAAUACCGGAAAUAAGAGCUUUAAAGAUUUAAUAAAAGGCAACGAUGUUGAGAUGCCCGAACGCAUUUCAGCAUUGAAAAGCCGGACUCGAUUGGGUUCUCAGAUAAAGCAGGAAGGAAAAAAGGCAAAAACUAAGAUGUCCCAGCUGAAAAAAAAGCUAGUACCAAAUUUUGGAAUUCGUACUUCCGAGAGCUACAGGCAUAUUAAUAUUACCAAUACAAAAAAGGGUCCGACAAAUCUAUUCCUGGAAAUGCUUAAGGGCAAAGAAACCUUAAUGCCAGAACUCAAUCGGGCAUUAACAAGCAAGUACCGAAUACAAGCUGAUAGUAAAGCUCUUAAGAAAUCAAAUAGCGACCUAAAUCCGGUAUUGUUAAACAAGAAAUCAGUAUUAACCAAAGAUCGAAAAGUUUCGGGAUCUUUUGAAAAAAUAGGGACGGCCAAAGAACCCGAAGCCUUACGACACUUUGAGAAAAUUCUGGCUUCCAAAGUCUGUAGAUUGCCAGACAUUCGUGGAGUACUAAAACGCAAGGAAAGGGCUCGACCACAAAAAUUCCAAUCCAGUUCAUCCAGUGAUUUCGAUAAUUUCUCGCUUAAAUCAAAUCGGUCUUCAAGGCAUCACCUUUCGUUUGCGUCUGGGAAGAAGAUAAACCUUAAGAAAUUUUAUCAGUACAUAAAGAAUUCAAUGCCAGAUCGGAAAAUAUAUUACCAGAUGAACUCAAAGAAUCCGAUUUCCUACUUGACCAGCGAGAAAAGUUUUUUUUAUCAAAAGACACCCAGUCUAACCUCAUCGGAUAAAAGCCAGCGAACUGUCGGAUCGGUAAUCAGCACAACGGAUUUUGCCCAGUCCAUGUUACCGAAACGGAAGAGGGAGGUAAAUAAGGGGUUUGAAGUGAUAGACACAGACGAAAACUUGUUUGACAUUCUUCCGGAGGACCAUGAUAUACAUGAUGGCUUAAAGAAAACAAUGAACGACAUCAUAGCUGGCAUUGCAAAAGUAGACAAAGCCCAAAAGAAAUCCCAGUCAAAGCAGGAGAAGAAAAAAUCAAAGCCGAGUGAAAGCACUCUGGAAGCCACGGACAACCGACAGAGCAUCUUGUCCUUAAAAUCGGUGGGCGAGGAGGUCAAGACCCGUGAGAGCUUGGCACUCAGGGAUCUGGAUUUGCGGGAACAGUGGCGGCAGACUUUCAUCACUGAGGAGCGGGCCUCUGUGCAGGCACGCAUCCAGGAGCUGAUGGAGGAAGUGGCCAUUCGCAAGGACUUUCGACCCUCGAAACCCGCAAGGGAUUUUGUGACUGAGAACAUUCUUACCGUUCGUAAUAGUCGGCCGACCAAAAGAUCACACUUAGUGGAGAAGGUGAAACCGCGAGGAAAGUUCGAAACCUUGAGUGAAGUUUUGACGGUGCCCGAAGACCCUGUAAAUCUUUCAAGAUUCUCUGAAGGAAUCUACAACAAGUAUUUCCAGGAGUGGCACGAGGAGUUUGCCUCUACGCGAAAGGAUUCUCUGAAGCCCGUAAGAAUACGUCGGUACUCUGACAAAUUGUGGAAAGACCAUAUGGGUCCUUAUCAAGCGGAGAUUAAGAAAUCCUCGGCAGAAGAAACACUUUGUAUGUUAACUGAAAGAAUAAAGCGAAACUGCUGCCCCUGAGGCAAGGACCAACAGGACUCGGAUUUUAUUCGAAAAGCAGUGAACUUCGAUCAUAUAGCCUUAAAUUUCGGGCAAAAACAUAUAAACAGGAG